UUCAGCAAAAUUUAUUCUCCUGUGACUUGUGAGUACUGUUGCAUAUGAUCUAUCAUUGCCCUGGUACCAGACAGACUUGACCUACAGCGCGGAUGAGUUUACUGUAGACGAGAGGCUCAAGGUGAAGAAAUGUGCUGAGCUUGGCACAGAGAUUGAUAAACUGGCGGCGCCCCCGCUGGUAAAUCGCCAAGUGGAUAAUGAGUGACGAAGCAGCAGUGAUUGGUGUUCAUUACAACCAAACCCUCAGGACGCAGUCUUUCGGGACGUCGCGAGACGCAGACACACAACACGCUAAGCCAGGAGGGGGAGACCCGGGGCUCCCACUUUGGCUUGGGGCACGAGCAGCGGCACAGGAACGAGUCACCGGCGGCCGGGGGCAAGGAGAACGUCACUUCCGGCCGCCCAGGCCGAGUCCUACAGCGUGAUGACAGCCAGCGCGGAGUCCCGGGCUCACAGGCCCGGAGUCGGGGUGGGAGUGGUGGUGACGAGCCGCGAGCAUCCUCGCUGCGUUCUCCUCGGGAAGAGAAAGGGAUCGGUCGGGGCCGGUACUUUCCAACUACCAGGCGGGCAUCUGGAGUUUGGUGAAAGCUGGGAAGAAUGUGCUCAAAGAGAAACCUUAGAAGAAGCAGCUCUUCAUCUGAAAAAUGUUCGCUUUGCCUCAGUUGUGAAUUCUUUUGUUGAAGAAGAGAAUUAUCAUUAUGUCACUAUAUUAAUGAAAGGAGAGGUUGACAUGACACAUGAUCCAGAACCAAAGAAUGUAGAACCUGAAAAAAAUGAAAGUUGGGAGUGGGUUCCUUGGGAAGCAUUUCCUCCACUGGACCAGCUCUUUUGGGCACUACGGUGUUUAAAGGAACAAGGCUAUGAUCCAUUUAAAGAAGAUUUAGAUCACCUGGUAGGAUACAAAGGCAAUCAUCUCCAGGUGAACAAGAAGAGUCCCUGAUUUUUUUUUAAGACAAAAUAAGAUCUGGUUUGAGAAUGAAAAAUAUCUAUAUUUCAGAGCUCCAUUUUAUUCAAAAAGUUCCAUAUUGUCAAUUUUAUUUACAUUUCCUAAUAUUCUCACCACCAUUUCAACUAGUACUUGUAAAGAGGUUUAUGUCAUGACUGUUUCAGACACCAAAAAAUGUGAUAAUUGGUGAUCCUGUAGUUAAUCUUCUUUUCACAUUUCUUUGAUACUUACUGUGCAGUGUCAAUGCCAGAUACAUGGAGAAAGUGCAAUUCAGUUUACCUCUGUGUUUCAGUUAAAACAGUUCCUAAUUCAGAUGCUAACACAGUAUGCCUAUUGUACCAUUGUGUUUGUUGACUGUCCUGUUUUGUUUUUAAAAUGUUUAGUAAUAUACUGGGGUAGUCUUUUAAGCAGAACAAACAGGGCAGAUCAUUAGGGUUUAUUUCCAUUUCCAGGUUUCUAUUUAAGAAUAGAAAUCAGUGUCCCUUCCUGGUGGCCCAACCGUGUUAGGAUGCAGCACUGCAAGCUGGCUGUAGCUACUUCAGUGCUCUGAUCCUCCAUCCAGAAGGUGAUCCACAAGGGUAGCAGAGCUCUCCUGACCCCUCAGCAGUGUACUGGUUAAUCUGCCUAUUG